AUGACCAAUCCAAUUGAAAUCAAGCCUUCUUCACUUGAGCGGGAUUUCCAGACUAAGUGUAAAUUGCUCCUGUCUAACCUAGAGGAAGAGAUCGACGCCUUGAAGACCCUCGAUGGGCCUUCCCCACUUCGCGUGACGUUGGCCAUCGAAAAUCUGAACAUACUCUAUAAAGAGGUGGAGGUAGUCCAGAAACUUGGUCUUGAUAUGAUUAACUUGGAGCCGAACUGUCGUACUGUCGUCGGAAACCGCAAUUAUCACGGCUAUGACCAAGGAGUCAUGAGUGGCCUGAUCGGCGCCAAUAACCAAUUCGGACGGACGUUCAACAACCCCGAUAGCACAAUGCAAGGCCUCCUAACUUCCAUCUAUGACAUUGGUUGUGCGGUUGGUUGUCUUCUCAGUCUUGUUAUCGGUCACCGUUUCGGUCGUCGUAACAUGAUUAUUGCUGGCGGUUCAAUCAUGAUAAUUGGAACCAUCAUCCUUGGCAGUUCUUAUACCGUCGCUCAAUUUCUCGUAGGCCGCGUCGUUACCGGUAUAGGCAAUGGUAUCAACAGCAGUACCGUCCCAGCCUACCAGUCCGAACUGGCACGACCUGAACAGCGCGGUAUGCUGCUCUCUGCACAGGGUACCGUCACAAUUCUCGGGCUGUGUAUUGCAUACUGGCUGGACUAUGGAUUGAGUUUCGUGGACUCGCCGGUCCAGUGGCGGUUCCCUAUCAGCUUUCAGGCUUUCUUUGCUGUUUGUUUAGUUUUGCAGAUGAUCCCACUGCCAGACUCGCCUCGCUGGCUCUGCGAACAAGAUCGCAGUGAUGAAGCGGGCUCGGUGCUGGCUCGUCUCCAGAUCGAGCAACCCGCCAACGAGUCGAACCCCGAUGUCAUUCAUCUCCGUCGCCAGAUCGAAACAUCUAUUGAGAUCGAGUCUGCCGGUGGGCCAUUCAAGUAUAAGGAGCUUUGGUCAGGCGGCCAGAUGGGUAAUCUUCGUCGCAUGAUCUUGGCCGCUGUUGUCAAUAUCCAGCAGCAGUUCACUGGCUCAAACAUGAUUAAUUACUACGCUCCCAAUGUGUAUCAGAAUGCGAUGCACCUCUCCCGCAAUCUCUCCCUGGUGCUAGGCGGCUGCACCUCCCUUGCAUAUCUCGUGGGCUCUAUAAUUCCUCUAUGGAGUAUGGAUAAAUUCGGUCGUCGAGCAUCACUCAUGCUAUCAGCCGCCGGUCUCUGCUUCUGCUUCGUUAUGACUGCAAUUCUAUUAUCAAUCGGUACUGCGAAAUGUGCAUACGCGGCCACCGUUUUUGUCUUCGUUUUCCAACUAUUCCUUGGUAUUGGUUAUCUGCCAGUCCCUUGGUUCUAUCCAUCCGAGAUCUCAACCACGCGCAUUCGCGCUCGAGCUCAGGCUUUCGGUGGCUUUGUCAAUUGGAUUUGCGUUUUCAUUGUUGUUCAAAUCACCCCGACAGCUAUUAAUAAUAUUGGCUGGAAGACGUUCAUCAUCUUUGCCUGCUUCUGCUUUGCAUGGAUCCCUAUGGUGUUUUUCUUCUUCCCUGAGACUAAAGGUCUCGAGCUUGAGGAUGUGGAUCACCUGUUUGAGAAGGGUGGAAUCACAGGUGGCGUUUGGGAAAGCAGAGGGUUCCCUGUUCGCCCUGGGCAUCACCGGGCUAUGAAUGAGGAGAGAAUCGAGAAAUCAAUUCCCGAGAGUGCUCACAUUGAGGUGUAA